AACUAUCAAAGUUAGUUGGCCAGCAGCGCUGUUUGGGUGGUACCGGCUGUGUGCAACUUGCUUGGGAUCUGUCUAAUUUGCAGUCUCUCUCUACUCCUCUCAUCCCUUCCCGAGCUUUUAAUUUGUUCUCCCCCCCUCUUCGACUGGGGCAGCCACCCGCAGACUUUGAAACCUCAUCUGAAGAAAUGCAGGCAAUUAAAUGUGUGGUGGUGGGGGAUGGAGCUGUGGGUAAAACCUGCCUCUUGAUCAGCUACACGACAAACGCCUUUCCUGGCGAGUACAUCCCAACUGUGUUCGACAACUACUCAGCCAAUGUUAUGGUGGACGGGAAGCCGGUGAACCUGGGGCUGUGGGAUACGGCUGGACAAGAAGACUAUGACAGACUCCGGCCUCUCUCCUACCCACAAACAGACGUGUUCUUGAUCUGUUUCUCGCUUGUCAGUCCUGCGUCGUUCGAGAACGUUCGCGCCAAGUGGUACCCCGAGGUGCGGCAUCACUGCCCCAGCACCCCCAUCAUCCUGGUGGGCACCAAGCUGGAUCUGAGGGACGACAAGGACACCAUUGAGAAGCUGAAGGAGAAGAAGCUGGCUCCCAUCACCUACCCACAAGGACUGGCCAUGACCAAGGAGAUCGGCUCCAUGAGGUACCUGGAGUGCUCGGCCCUGACCCAGCGGGGACUAAAGACUGUGUUCGACGAAGCUAUACGUGCCGUGCUUUGCCCAGCUCCUGAGGAGAGGUCCAAGAAGAGCUGCCUCCUACUCUGAAGCUGUUUGGAGGCCACAAGUCAAGGAAUUUCACCAAAUGUUCAUUCUUCAAGCCUUACGCCAAUUUUCGAAGCAAUUUCUGUAACAUAUUCUAUGUCGUAACAUUACGGUUUACUGAGAAGAUUCUUCUGGAGAAGUAUUUCAUUGCAAAGUUUUUUUUUGUACAUUUAUACGUCGAUCACGAAAUAAAUUUCUAUUUUUUGCUUGUG